AUGGAGGACCCUCGUAUCGUCGAGUUGAAGGAGAGGAUCGCCAAGUUGAAGGACGAGCUAGGACCCGGUCUCGACCCCAACGCCAUCGUCGCGCGGCACAUCAAGCUCCUGCACACCUACAACGAGACGAAGGAUACCUCCCAGAUGCUUAUAGCUAUCUACGGCCGCAUGACCCAAAAGACCGUCACGCAGCUACACACCGAGCUCGGUCUCCCCCUCUCCGAAUAG